CAUUAAAUUUAUUUCUAAAGCCAAGGAUGAGGUACAAGCAUAUGGCUCUCUAUUUACUAAUUCUGUGCACUCUCUAUGCUUUGAUUUGGUAUGUAUCAGAUUCCUCAUCAGAAGGGCAGGAUAAUGCAUAUGCAAUGAAGUAUAUCCUAGAGCAAGAUCUACUGUUUAUCAUGUUUUCCUUGCUCCCCAUUUUGACUAUUUUGCCAGCUGAUGAAAAAUAAUAUGGUCUUUAUCAUUCAUAUUUCAGUCAUAUUGCUUCAUUCCUUAGUGGGGAUCUUCAUGCUUAUCUUCCAGAGUAGAGAAUUGGAGAUGAAAUAUAUAGUUGGGAUCAUAAUUCUCACAUCCAUAGGUCUCAUAUUUGUAGCUCUGAUUGUAAUCACAGCCUACUGGGGUGGUACUGGAGUUAACUUCGGAGCUCUAUUUGAAGAAGAAGUAGAGCCAACCAUUUUCUUUAGCGGAUUUCAUAUUCAUUAUAGACAGGAAAUGCCCAAUGCUGACUUCCAUGACACUUUUGAUCAGAUAAAUUCUGUAAUUUAUGAACCUUAUAUGUCCUUAAAAUAAUAAAAUCUGACCUAUUUGCUUAUCUGAGUAUGAAUCUAAGGAAGUGAUUAAAGUAAUGCCUGAAUGUUAUCAUACCUUUCAUAACUCUUGAAUUGAAAAUUGGUUAAGAAAUGACCUUAGUUGUCCAUUCUGAAGGCAUAAAAUUACCAGACAAGGAAUAGAAAAUACGAAUAACCAUCGAUAUAACUCCAUUCUUAAAAAGAUACAGAACACUCCAACAUCCAGCAUUCAUUCGAAUUGAAAUAAGGAGGAAGAAAAGAACUUGGAAACUCUCCAAGAUAGACACAUGACCACAACUACCAUUCCUCCGAUUGAAGAGCAACUUUCUCAUUGUACAAGUACUGGAAUGCUUAUCAGAUCUUCACCAAGCUCGAAGAGGCUGAACCAGAUUAGUUCAAAAAUUCUCGACCCUAAAAUGUACGAAAUUGAACCUAUCGAAGAAUCCAAGGAGUCAAAAGAAUCAGGAAAGAAGUAUCCUUCACUCAUGAAAAGGUCGAACAGUAUGAGUACGUGAAGUAGGAAACUACGCCAUCUGACAGUACAACCUUCUCUUAAGAGCUUGAAAAUGCCAAAGAAGUCAUAG